CGUCCCUGUCCCUCCAUGGCUUUCCCCCGGCGACCACCACUUCUUUCACUAUGUCUCCUGCUCGUCUUUGCCGCGGCUGCGAACGCGCUGCACUUCUAUUUGGACACCAAUGAGAAGCGGUGCUUCAUUGAAGAGCUCCCGACGGACACGGUCGUAGAGGGACAUUACAGGGCCCUUGAGUGGUCCGAGGCAGAACAGAAAUACAUUGAAAACCCCAACCUAGGCAUACUGGUCGAAGUGGACGAACUCGAGACGGGCCACAACGUCGUCAAGACUCGCGGGCCGUCAGACAGCCGCUUCACCUUCACGUCGCACGACUCCGGGGACCACUCCAUCUGUCUCUCAAGCAACUAUGGCACGUCCUGGUUCGCGACCACGCACAUCCGGCUCUACCUCGACGUCGUCAUCGGAAGCACGAAGCCCGACGCAGACCACGACCGCUCACACGUCUCCGAGCUCUCGCAGAAGCUGCGCGACCUGAACAUGAAGCUUGAGGACAUCCGCCGCGAGCAGCAGUACCAGCGCGAGCGCGAGGCCGCCUUCCGGGACCUCAGCGAGGACACGAACUCGCGUGCAGUGUGGUACACGCUCGCGCAGAUGGGCGUACUCAUCGCGACGUGUGUGUGGCAGCUGCGGCAUCUCAGGCGGUUCUUCGAGGACAGGAAAAUGCAUUAAUGCGCUAAUCUCCCUUGAUGUUCACUACGACUAUAUAUAUUGGGCUGGUCUUCCUUGUAUAGGGUGCCCCGGACGCUUUGGUGGCGGUAAUCGGUGCUAUUAAACUUUUACAGG